AAACUAUAGCUCGGCCGUUAACGUGUUGCUACUGCGCCCCACAUAAAUGGAGCCCACUUCAGCUCCUCCUCCGCCUGAGGAUGACUUCGAUCCGGACGACUAUAUCAGGACAGCCGUGACGUACGGCCGACUGGACGUGGUGAAGGACUGGCUGCCGCACCAUCGUGACGAUCCUCAGCGGAUCUCACAGCUCGUCCUCUUCCCCGCAGCCAUGUUCGGACAGCUCGAGCUGCUUAGCUUCUGCCUAGACUAUGGAGAUAUCAACCACAGAGAGGAGCACCAUCCGGUCUACAGGGGAUGGAACCUGAUGCAUUUUGCAGUGAAAGGCAUCCACAUGAACGUCCAUGUACCAGCUGAAGAGAACCAGCAGAAUGGGCAGUUAUGUGGAGAGGAGAACGUGUUGCGGAUGAAGCUGGAGAUCCACAGUCGACUGCUGGAUAUCCUGGCUGUCUUGCUGAGUCGAGGUGUGGACCCAACAGUGCCAGACUGCGAGGGUAACACUCCCUCGGGGAAGGCCUCCAGUCUCAGCAGCAGGGAAGAGUGCUUCCUAGAUGGAGCUGUUCUACUAGAUAUUCAUGUGUGUACACAUUCCUUGGAAUCUGGUGGAUCCCCUAAAACUCCAGGUUUAGAGGCACUGAAGAAACUGCCAGAGGACCUACAGUGGCAGCUUGCCCUGCAGCCUCUGCUUGAAUGGGCCUACAGUCGGAACAGGUUUGACGUCCUGACGUUCUGCCACAAGAACAGGUUUGUGGACCUGACUCAGAAGAGGAUGUCUUUGGGCCAGUCCGGCAGACCUCUCAUGAUAGACUCACUUCACACCCAGAGGUUCUCUCUUCUCCGGGAAAUGAUCCAGUCCUCAUCCGAUAUCGACCCUUGUGUCUGCGCCCAGAAACUUCUCACCAAGGUGUAUGAGUGUGGCCCGGGGAAGGAGACUCUGCUGUCGUACGCCACCAGAGCUGCAACGAGUGGUAAUGCCAGUCUCCUCCCGUCCCUCCUCUCUCCCGAGACACUCUGUGUCCGCCUCUCCCACAUCAAGAUAGAGGGAGUCAACCUCGAGUCCGUACCACUCUCCUUGUUCAGUCCGUCGCUGGCUCACCUGGAGCUGAGUAAGAACCAACUGAGUACUCUACCAGUGGCCGAUGCCCUCGACCGGGGGCUCUGUGAAUGUCUCGAGGAGCUAUCCAUUGCCAGCAAUGCCUUCUCAGAGUUCCCGGGAGACAUCUUUCGACUCCCCCGUCUUGUCAGACUCGACGCCAGGAACAAUGUAAUUUCCUCGGUCCCAGUGAGCAUGUGGACUGCUCCGAGACUAGAAGAGUUGUACCUGAGCAAGAACAAUGUUGCGUGUCUCCCGUGCCCAGACUACGUCUACCUCACACCUGGAGUAAUUGCCUCCGUCCAGCCGCGUCUCAUGACCUUCUCUCACGGCUUGAGCAGCACCGAGACCAGGCACGUCCAGAGUGCCCGGCAGUCGUGUGUCACCCUGGCAGCUCCUGGGGAAGAGUCACAGGGAGGGGGAUUUCGACUCAAGACCCUUGAUUUGUCGGACAAUCAACUGACCGAGAUUCCGCCGGGGCUACCUUGUCUCGCCCCGCGACUCCGCACCCUGAAACUCAGCGGGAACCGCAUCAAUCACCUGGGGCACCCCUGUAAUUAUCCGCAGAUGCUCGAGAAGCUGGACAUGAACAAGAACGCCAGUAAGAGCUGUAUCCAGUGGUGUGGCGACCCGCCGUCCCUCGUGUGUGCCCAGUCACGUCUGCGGGAGGGCAGUGUUCCUUGCUCUCACAUCGGACACAAGGUCCUGAGCAAUCUCAAGUUCCUCUUCCUGGAGGAGAACCAGCUGACCUCUGUGGAGCUGGAGGAACAGCAACCAAUCCAGCACAGAAACUCCAUCGAGAGUGUGUCUGACUUUGGGUCGAUGGGGGACAGCGGGACCCACGGGAGAGAGAGGGACAAAGGUGAAGAGGUGCUAAUGACGCUCAUGUUCCCUCGACUGGAGUCUCUGAGGCUGAGCAACAAUCAGCUGGAGAGGGUGCCUAGUGGUAUACACAGACUGGUGGAGCUGCGAGAGCUGAAGUUGGAUGGGAACACGGGCAUCACUCGCCUCCCGAGCAACAUCCACCUCCUCCAGGAGCUCUUCUUCUUCACGUUUGAAGGCAUCAGUGAUCCUGUUGUGAGCGAGCUGAGGAGCUGCAGCAAUACCCCAGAACAGUUGCUCUACCUCAAGGCUCGCGAGAAAGACUACUGUCGGAACACAGCGAUGCGUCUGUUUGUGAUUGGCCACUUCUCGAAGGGCAAGACAUCAGUGAUUGGAGCACUCAGGAAGACGAAACAACUCAGAACGUUUGACGAGAGGGCCGACAGACACCUGGGCCCUGACUUCCACCUCACCGAGGAUGAGAGGCAGUCAACAGUGGGCAUACAGUGUGACAGGUGGGUGUACAAGAAGGCCGGAGCUACCACUCAAAUAACCUUCUACACCUGGGACUUUGCCGGACAGGAGGAGUACUACCUGACCCACCAGUGUUUCUUCACCAACAGAGCCCUCUACCUCCUGGUCUAUAAUGUCACUGAUGGAGUGGAGGGCAUCAAGAGCCUCACAGUCUGGCUACAGAACCUUCAGGCAAAUGCGCCGGGGAGCAGUGUGAUA